UUAUUUAAAUGUGGCAUCCUUUGUUUUCACCGAUAGCGAUUGUCACCGAUAGUCUUGCAACUAUUUCCAAAAGAAAACUUUAACCAAAGGCGAAACGCGUAAUAUUUUAAGCAAAUAUUAAAAUGGCAAGUGCUCCUGCUACUAUAAGUUCUGCAAAGCCUGUGUUGCGAGGCCUACAUAAUGCUACAAUUAAGAAAAAUUUGAUCGUUGCCAUCGCGCUUACUACUGUUGUAACCGUUGCUUGGAAUUUCGCCAUCAACAAACCUAAAAAGGUUGCGUAUGCGGAGUUUUAUAAAACUUAUGACGCGCAGAAGUCCUUUGAACGUAUGAAGGCUAAUGGUCGUUUCCAAAGUUGUUAAAUCAAUAUUAUUAUACGAAACAUGCAAUAGCUACGAAUAAAGGGUUUAAUCUUUGAUUUCUAGUUAAAAUUAA